AUGCCUCGCCUCAGUAUUUUCGCAACUAUCGCCGCGUCCGCGGUCGCAUUCGUCUCGGUCGUCCCCUCCGCUUCAGGCUUCCAGCUCGGAAGUGGCGGCCGCGUCAUGUGGGAAAACAAUUGCAACUUCAACGGGAACGACUACCGGUGGAUGACCGGCAUCCCGGAUGUGUGCGGCGACGUGUGCGCCAGCGACUCAACCUGCACGCACUGGACGUGGACCAACUCCAACGGAGGAAUUUGCUGGUUCAAGAAGGGCACGCGAUCCACCAAGGCGCAGAAGUACGGCACGCACUGCGGAUACGUGGUGUCGCGUAGCGCUUCAGCCACGACCACGACCACAUCGCGGACGCAAGCGGAAGCCAGGGGCCAAGCCCCCGCUGCUGCGGCUUCGACUUCCACGUCGACUUUGUCUGCCGUUAGCGGUCUCUCCAACGCCGACAUGGGGCUGAUGCUGAGCCGCAUCAACGCCUACCGCGCUCAGUACGGUCUCAAGGCGCUCACUGUGGACAACCGAUUAGUGACGGCGGCUGCGCUCCACUCCCGGGACCAGGCUAACCGCUGCACUAUGUCGCACACGGGCUCGAACGGCUCGGGCGUCGGAUACCGCAUCAACGCGCAGGGCUACGACUUCGAGGUGGCCAAGGAGAACGUGGCGGCGGGUCAGAGCAGUGUGGACGAGGUCAUGACUGCGUGGUGGAACUCGCCCGGCCAUCGUGCCAACCUGCUCAGCAGUGACGUGGAGAACGUGGGCUUCGGCAAGGUGGUUAACAACGGCUGCGGCAGCUACGGGACCUACUGGACGCAGGACUUCGGCAGUCUCUAG